GUUUUCCCCUGUUGGCGAAGUGAAUCAUCUUGGCAUUUGAAUACUCUCUGGUGAAGCUAAGGUAGCGAGGUAGCUCAUUGGCUCGACGUCACAUCGCAGUCUUCGUGUUUCGAGCUCGUUCUACAUCUGAAUGUUCCGAUUGAAAGUGGUGGUGGAAGUGUCAGCGGUCUGUUGGGGUCUUUGAACAUGCGUGUCGCGGGGAAAAGGUCGCGUGCGUCUCGUCCACACCCAUUGUUGUUUACAUAGCUCUGCUCUUUACUCAUUUCCGCUCAUUAGCAUCACCCGUCGCCGCCGUCCAGCAGCGAUGUACAUGGAGGGGGAAGAGGUGCACGACGACUGCGGCUCCCGGGAGGAGUGGACGCUGCUGUUCUGGACCUCUCUGGCCGUCGUCGUCCCGGUCAUCAUCACACUGUGGUGUAGCGCCCAGCGCUCCAAGCGGAAAACACACAUGAAGGAUUUCUUUCGCAAAAGCAAGCAUGGCUGGCACUACACGGACCUGUUCAACAAGCCCACCUACUGCUGCGUGUGUAACCAGCACAUCCUCCAAGGGGCUUUCUGCGACUGCUGCGGCGUGUGCGCCGACGAGCAGUGCCUGCGCCGGGCCGACCGCAGCCUGCAGUGCAAGGAGAUCAUGGCCCCCUGCAGCCCCGACGGAGCCAUGGAGCAUCGCUGGGUCCGUGGAAAUGUCCCCCUCGCCAGCUACUGUGCAGUGUGCAAACAGCAGUGUGGGACCCAGCCGAAGCUCUGCGACUUCAGGUGUGUGUGGUGUCAGACCACAGUGCACGAUGACUGCAUGGACAGCCUGACGGAUGCAGACCAGUGUGAGCUGGGCGAGUUCCACAACCUCAUCAUCCCUCCUCACUACCUGUACCGUGUCAACAAGCUCCGCCGCAGGCAACCAGAAGAGUACAGCAAGCUGGCAUCUUCCUGUGGCAGUGGCUGGACUCCAGUGUUAGUCUUGGCUAACACGCGUAGUGGUAACAACAUGGGGAAGGCUCUGCUGGGAGAAUUUCGCACCGUUCUGAAUCCUGUGCAGGUGUUUGACCUGUCUGAGCUGACUCCCUCCAAAGCCCUCCAGCUGUGCACCCUGCUGCCCCCCGGCAGUGUCCGGGUGCUGGUGUGUGGGGGCGACGGCACAGUGGGCUGGGUGCUGGAUGCCAUCGAUACUAUGAAGCUGAAGGGCCAGGACCAGUUUAUGCCAAGGGUGACCAUCCUGCCUCUGGGGACAGGAAAUGACCUGUCCAACACUUUAGGCUGGGGUGCUGGGUACGCUGGGGAGAUCCCUGUGGAACAGGUUCUCCGCAACAUCCUUGAUGCAGAGGUGGUCAAAAUGGACAGAUGGAAGGUGCAGGUGGCUUCAAAAGGCCUCUACUUUCGGAAACCAAAGGUUCUGUCCAUGAACAACUACUUCUCUGUUGGGCCUGAUGCUCUGAUGGCGCUCAACUUCCACGCACACCGGGAGAAAACACCCUCCUUCUUCUCCAGCCGCAUCAUCAACAAGACUGUAUAUUUCCUGUAUGGCACCAAAGAUUGUUUAGUGCAGGAAUGUAAGGAUCUGGAUAAGAGGAUUGAGUUGGAGUUGGAUGGAGAGAGGGUGGCCCUGCCCAGUCUGGAGGGCAUCAUAGUUAGUAACAUUGGCUACUGGGGCGGAGGCUGCCGACUCUGGGAGGGAAUGGGGGAUGAACCCUGCCCCCCCACACGGUUGGAUGAUGGUCUGCUGGAGGUGGUGGGCGUGUUCGGCUCCUUCCACUGUGCUCAGAUUCAGGUCAAGCUGGCCAAUCCUGUACGGCUGGGACAGGCCCACACUGUCAGGCUGGUGCUCAAGAGCUCCAAGAUGCCCAUGCAGGUGGACGGGGAGCCGUGGGCCCAGGGUCCCUGCACCAUCACCAUCACCCAUAAGACCCAGGCCCUCAUGCUGUACCACAGUGCCGAGCAGACGGACGACGAUGACGAGUCCAGCGCCUCGGAGACAGAGAGCCCCACCCCCCACGACUCGCCAAGGCCCCCGGGGCCGGCCUCCGCUCGUGCAUGACCCAGCCCAGACCUCAUGUGAUGUGGAGCUUCUCUCUCAUUUUAGGUUCUGUGUUGUUUUCUGCAGCCCAGUUUCUUAAUCUCAAUCCCUCAUCUGCAAUUGGCCUUUAAGCGUGGUUUAUGGUCCUCCGGAGCCUACGUAAGUGGCCUGAGGUUUAUACUUGUGUGUUGGUGUGUGCAUCAGGCUCUUUAAGAGAAUAGCAGGGCGGGCGGGCGUGUGGGGGUGGGUGGGUGGAGAGUGUGUGUGUGUGGAGAGUGUGUAUGUGGAGAGAGAGAGUGAUGUGAUGAGCUAUGGAGUGAGUAGCUAGAGCCAUAGUGAGAGAAACAAAGUGUCUCCCCUGUGUUUUGUGACGGGGGGGGGGAUGACUCUGUAGCAGGAAAAGUUAACCCUCUCCUUGAUUUCAUGUUAUUGAUUGAGAAGGAGAACCAGGAAAUGAGUCUGGUGGGGCGGGGUCUCUACGUAUCUAGGUAUGUAGCCACGGCGUAGAUUUUACGCAGGAAUCAUAAAUCACGCUUUAGUCUUUUAACACGUCCUCCUCCAAUCACGUUGAUGAUAAUAGGGGUAUAACUUCCUGUGUAAUCAUUUCAUAGGUUUUCAGAGAGCUCAUAUAGUAUAUUGGAAAAAUUAGUUUGGAAAAGAGGCUGGUUUAAUUACAUUUUUUUUUUUGGUCUUUAAUCUCCACACUCCUCGUAUAUUAUAACCCAGAACUCAGGCAUCCCCCCCCCCCCCACGGGUGUGACAGUCGAGAAGAAGUGAAGGUUUUGGAGAAAGGUUGCCGUUUUUAUUUGCACUGAUCCCUUGUGCCAUAUAUAGUCAACUAUACUGUAUUUAUUAUAUACUGUAUUUGUCGCCCAGUUUCAAUUUGCCGAAACUCCUACAAAGCCAUGUCUAAACCAACAGCAACUGAUGAAGCAUUACCACUGGAGAGAAACUGCUAGUUUUAAAAUGUCGAGAGCUGCAUCUCAUAGCCCUUAAACUGCCUCCUUGUGUCCUCGACUUGCCUCCUUUUGGCCUCCGUCUCUCCCGAGCCUCCGUGGUGGGAGGGACUGAGACGCCCGGGACGAGACAGGAUCCGAGCACAUGUGUUUUAGAGGGAUGAGAAGUCUUUUUCGUUUUUGAAGCGCCACAUGAAUCCGUCAGUGGAGUUAGCAACUCCUUUUAGCUGCACGGCUAGCGGGAAGGCUGCUCUCGCGUAUCCUCGCCCGUAGCUCCUCUAUGAUCCCUCCUCGAUGCUCGCUCCUCGGGGCGGAAAUGAGAGCUUUGAGACGGCCUUCACCGAGGACGGGACAGAACAACUUCCUAUCAAUUAAGGGCCAUGAGAUGUAGCCGAGGCUUUGAAAUGCAUGGGUGUGUAUGCCAAAAAGUGAAUCUCGAUGGAACAAGGGCUCUUGUUAACAAACGCAGUGUGUUGUCAAUCACUGGACAUUGAUGUUGGUUUGUUGUUACUUCAUGACGCCCUGUCUCAAGGAGCUCGCCAAACAGCUGGAUUGUACUAAGAUACAGUCUGGAAACUUUUAUUGAACCUUCCUGUAAGCGCUACAGGAAACUGACUGCCAAGUAACUGUUGUUCUUCAGAGGAUUGGUCCUACAUGUAAAUCCUUUUAGUCCUUCCUCUUGUUUUUCAUAGUUACUCCUAUUUGCAUAUUUUUGCGUUGCACUGUGUUGGCACUGAUAAAUACCUUCCUUAUGUACAUGAAACCAUAAGGCUGACCUUCGAUGUUGCUGCCGAUAGUAAUAACUGCUGAGAUUAAGUUGUUUCAUGUUAUUGUUUUUUAUGUUACUGGAGUAAUCGCCUUACAUUUCCUCAUUUGUAGUUUACCAAAUAGUCACCACAAGGUGGCAGGCUAAAGACAGUGUUUUCUGUAGUCCAGUCAAGUAGAGUUGGUCCUCUCCUUAAACUUCUUCAGUUUAAUAUGAAUUCCUUUGUUGCAUCGCUCCUGUCUUCCGCUUAAUGUGUGCAAGACGUCCUUUGUGUUUCUGUGUCAAAGCCUACCCGUCAGGAGAUUUGUUUGACCUCAAAUGCCAAAAUGUAAUUGUGCCAUUUGAGGUGGUCUUGUUUUUUUGUUUUUUUUUGCAGAAGGGUUGCCUGUUGCUCACAGCCAUAUCCAAAAAAAAAAAAAAGUCUGUAGAAUGUUAGUUAAUGCUGUCUUAAUGAACCUGGACCCAACUCGCUGCUCAUAAGGCUGACCAGGGAUCUGUUGUUAGCCGUGUGCUGCCUAUGCUUCUGGAAUAUGCACCUCCUUGGCAGGUAAGCAAGCCUGGUGGUUUCAUCACCCUCUCUAUAUUUGUUUGGUGAAUAUCUUCUUGCUCAAGGACACCCGUUUGAACUUCAACCGUAUCCUCCAUGUUUACCAGAGUUGUGUGCGUCUUGUGUUUGCACUGAAUUAGCACUCAUGUGACUGGGGUUUGUUGGCAGGUUGUCAGCCACGCUAGCAGCAUGGGCCCUGUUAAAAACAUUGAUAAUAUAGGGCUGAUCAAUUAUGGGAAAGAAACAUAAUACCAGUUAUUUAGCAAGAUUACUUAUUGAUUUAUUUGAUUUAUUGAACUUAAAAAACACCUUGAACUGUGAAAUUUCCCUUUUCUGUUUAAAGUAAAAUUUUGAGCAUCAAACACUUUUUGCAUUCAAAAAAGUUAUGGUGCAAAUGUCUAUAUUUAUGUAAAGGAAAUUAUACAAGGUUCUUGGGGGGGGGGGAGGGGUGUGCGCACACUGGCCUGUUUUGAUUAUUGGUGGGGUUGUAAUCCCCCUGUAAUUACACCUAUGGGUCUCUCCAUGUUGAGACAGCUAAAUGUGUUUCCUGGCGAUAGAGGCGGUUGCUAACGUGGCUAAAAACUUUGACAUGUUGUAUUGUUGGGGGGGGGGGGGGGGGGGGGGGGGGGGGGGGCCAUACCUGUGACAUUACAGGAUGUUUUUAGAUGUUCCCGAUUCAAGUCAGUCUUUAUUUGUUAAAUCUUGGCAGAUAUAAAACAGUAUUUGUAAAGACUCAAUUUAUCAAGGCAAAUUUCACUGUGUUGUGUUCUAAACUGUUUUCAUUAUUAAUUAAUAUAUAUAUAUUUAAAUAAGCUUACUUUUUUGCAAAUAUCUGUAAAAUUAUGAGAAAGGCGUAUUAGAGUGUGCAGAAAAUGAUAAUUAAUUUUGAUUAUUAUAUGAUCAAUAAGAGGAAGCCUUAUGUGGCCACUGCUAAUCAGUAAUGAAAGACAAAGAGACUGGGAGAGAAUAUGCUGUUAUUAAUAACAAUCAUGUAAAACAGCUGUUUACACAAUCGCAGGAAAGAGGGUUUGGUGAAAUUGUUACAACGAAAAAACAAUUUUGAUCAAACUGAAUGUAAUGAAGUGAUUUGAAGACAUUCCCAUAAAUAUUUUCAUAUACAA